AUGUCGACGCUGGCCCCCCUGCGCCUGCUGCGCGAGCCCUGGAACGCCAGUGAAGGCAAUCAGAGCAACGCCACAGCUGGGGCCGGCGGCGCCUGGUGCCAGGGGCUGGACAUCCCCAAUGAACUCUUCCUGACACUGGGGCUGGUGAGCCUGGUGGAGAACCUGCUGGUGGUGGCCGCCAUCCUCAAGAACAGGAAUCUGCACUCUCCCAUGUACUACUUCAUCUGCUGCCUGGCCGUCUCCGACAUGCUGGUGAGCGUCAGCAACCUGGCUGAGACGCUCUUCAUGCUGCUGAUGGAGCACGGCGUGCUGGUGAUCCGCGCCAGCAUCGUCCGCCACAUGGACAACGUCAUCGACAUGCUCAUCUGCAGCUCCGUCGUGUCCUCCCUCUCCUUCCUGGGGGUCAUCGCCGUGGACCGCUACAUCACCAUCUUCUAUGCACUGCGCUACCACAGCAUCAUGACGCUGCAGCGCGCCGUGGUCACCAUGGCCAGUGUCUGGCUGGCCAGCACCGUCUCCAGCACCGUCUUCAUCACCUACUACCGCAACAACGCCAUCCUGCUCUGCCUCAUCAGCUUCUUCCUCUUCAUGCUGGUCCUCAUGCUGGUGCUCUACAUUCACAUGUUCACGCUGGCUCGCCAUCACGUGCGCAACAUCUCCAGCCAGCAGAAGCAGCCCACCAUCUACCGCACCAGCAGUCUGAAGGGAGCCGUCACGCUCACCAUCCUGCUGGGAGUCUUCUUCAUCUGCUGGGGGCCCUUCUUCUUCCACCUCAUCCUCAUCGUCACCUGCCCCACCAACCCCUUCUGCACCUGCUUCUUCAGCUAUUUCAACCUCUUCCUCAUCCUCAUCAUCUGCAAUUCAGUGGUUGAUCCCCUGAUCUACGCCUUCCGGAGCCAGGAGCUCCGGCGGACGCUGCGGGAGGUGGUGCUGUGCUCCUGCAGCGCGGUGCCGCCGGGUCGGCUCGGGCCGCUGCCGGGGCCACGCAGUGCAGCGGAGUCGAACCCGGCAGGAGCGAAUCGGACCGGACCGGGUCGGGUCGGGACGGGCGGGGCUGGGCGGGGCGGCGGCGGCGCCGGUGCCGCAGGGGCAGUUGCAGCGCUGCGGCGGAGGCCGAUGAUUGGCGGCGGAGCGACGGUGACGUCAGCGCCCGGCCCGGUGCGGCGCGGGGCGGCUAUAAAGGCGGCGGCGGCGGCGGAACCGCCCCCCGCGCUCCCGGUGCCGCUCCGCUCUCGGUGCCGCUCCGCUUCAGACCCGCUCCGGUCCGGCCGCACCAUGAGGGAGAUCGUCCACAUCCAAGCGGGGCAAUGCGGCAACCAGAUCGGCGCCAAGUUCUGGGAGGUGAUCAGCGAUGAGCAUGGCAUAGACCCCAGCGGCAACUACGUGGGCGACUCGGACCUGCAGCUGGAGCGAAUCAGCGUCUAUUACAAUGAGGCCUCCUCUCACAAGUACGUGCCUCGCGCCAUCCUGGUGGAUCUGGAGCCGGGCACGAUGGACAGCGUGCGCUCGGGUGCCUUCGGGCACCUCUUCCGCCCCGACAACUUCAUUUUCGGUCAGAGCGGGGCCGGCAACAACUGGGCCAAGGGGCACUACACGGAGGGGGCCGAGCUGGUGGACUCGGUGCUGGACGUGGUGCGGAAGGAGUGUGAGAACUGCGACUGCCUGCAGGGCUUCCAGCUGACCCAUUCCCUGGGUGGGGGCACGGGCUCAGGCAUGGGCACGCUGCUGAUCAGCAAGGUGCGUGAGGAGUACCCCGACCGCAUCAUGAACACUUUCAGCGUGGUGCCGUCCCCCAAGGUGUCGGAUACGGUGGUGGAGCCCUACAACGCCACGCUCUCCAUCCAUCAACUGGUGGAGAACACAGAUGAGACCUACUGCAUCGACAACGAGGCGCUGUACGACAUCUGCUUCCGCACACUCAAGUUGGCCACCCCAACCUAUGGAGACCUCAACCACCUCGUCUCGGCCACCAUGAGCGGCGUCACCACCUCGCUGCGCUUCCCCGGGCAGCUCAAUGCUGACCUGCGCAAGCUGGCUGUCAACAUGGUGCCCUUCCCACGCCUUCACUUCUUCAUGCCUGGCUUCGCCCCGCUGACAGCACGUGGCAGCCAGCAGUACCGUGCCCUCACCGUCCCUGAGCUCACACAGCAGAUGUUUGAUGCCAAGAACAUGAUGGCCGCCUGCGACCCGCGCCACGGCCGCUACCUCACCGUGGCCACCGUCUUCCGCGGCCGCAUGUCCAUGAAGGAGGUGGACGAGCAGAUGCUGGCCAUCCAGAGCAAGAACAGCUCCUACUUCGUGGAGUGGAUCCCCAACAACGUCAAAGUUGCAGUGUGUGACAUCCCACCCCGCGGCCUCAAGAUGUCCUCUACCUUCAUCGGCAACAGCACGGCCAUCCAGGAGCUCUUCAAGCGCAUCUCGGAGCAGUUCACCGCCAUGUUCCGCCGCAAGGCCUUCCUGCAUUGGUACACGGGGGAGGGAAUGGACGAGAUGGAGUUCACCGAGGCGGAGAGCAACAUGAACGACCUGGUGUCAGAGUACCAGCAGUACCAGGAUGCCACGGCCGAGGAGGAGGGCGAGAUGUACGAGGAUGAUGAGGAGGAGUCGGAGGCACAGGGUGCCAAGUGACGGCCCCGCACUCGCUGCUUUGGGGGGGCCCUGGCCUCGCCCCUUGGUGUCUGCUCCCCUCAGCCCCAUGUUAGCUCAACCCCUCCUGUGCCCCCUCCCUAUGGCCUCCCCUUUUCCCCUUUUUUUGUUUUUUACUGUUUGUGUCUCAUAUUUUUUUUGAAUACUCAAUAAAUUUAUGGC